UUUGUUCUGAGAGGUUUGAGAGUCGAAUAGGAUCAGAGCAGUAGUAUGCGCGUGCGCAGUAGCGCGCCACACAACCGCAACAAGCAAAGAUGGCGGCGGCCGUCGACAGUGUUGUGAAAGUGCUGGGGGAGCAGUAUUAUAAAGAUGCGAUGGAGCAGUGCCACAGCUACAACGCCCGGCUCUGUGCGGAGCGCAGCAUCCUCAUGCCGUUCCUGGACUCCCAGACCGGUGUGGCCCAGUCCAACUGCUACAUCUGGAUGGAGAAGAGGCACCGGAGUGCAGGCCUCGCCCCGGGCCAGCUGUACACGUACCCUGCCCGCCGCUGGAGGAAGAAGCGCCGCGCCCACCCCCCUGAGGACCCCCGCCUGGCCUUCCCGCCCCUCAAAGCAGCUGACAUCGAGCUGGGCCUGAAGCGCGACACCCUGGGGGCCGCCGACGGCAGCAGCCUGGAGGCCCUGCUGAAGGGCGAGCCCCUGGACCGGAGGGGGGGCGCCGCCGCCGCCGAGGUCCGCGGGCCGGAGGAGGACCCCGUCCCGGAGCCCGUCGCCGCCUCCGCCUCCACCCACACCUCCUCUGGACGCAUACGCAAGCGGGUGCUGGACCACGACGACUACCUGGACGACCUGGACGAUGAAGACUUUGAGGACGAGACCCCAAAGAGACGAGGCAAGAGCAAGUCCAAGGUAACGCUGCGCCCCCAGCGCGUGAUCCUCACGAACACUCAACAACACACACACCAACGCACCCACCAACACACACACCAACUCUGUGGGAAGCGCUACAAGAACCGCCCGGGCCUGAGCUACCACUACACACACUCUCACCUGGCGGAGGAGGAGGGCGAGGACCGGGAGGAGGUCGAGGCUCCACCGCCUCCACGCCAGCCUGACGAGCCCAAGACCCCUAAGAAGGGUCCCAAUGGACUGGCCCUGCCCAACGACUACUGUGACUUCUGCCUGGGAGACUCCACCCUCAACCAGAAGACCGGCCAAUCAGAGGAGCUGGUGUCCUGCUCCGACUGCGGCCGCUCAGGCCACCCCACCUGCCUGCAGUUCACGGCGGUGAUGAUGGCGGCCGUCAAGACGUACCGCUGGCAGUGCAUCGAGUGCAAGUGCUGCAACGUGUGCGGCACCUCGGAGAACGACGACCAGCUGCUGUUCUGCGAUGACUGUGACCGAGGCUACCACAUGUACUGCCUCAGCCCCCCCAUGACGGAGCCCCCUGAAGGGAGCUGGAGUUGUCACCUGUGUCUGGCGCUGCUGAAGGACAAGGCGUCCAUAUACCAGCAGAACCAGAGCUCCGCCUCUGAUUGAUCGGCCAGGCCCCCUUUUCAGUGAGCUAUGGGGAACCCCCAUCUCCCCGUCCCCUCGCUUUCAGAGCACCCCGGAGUGCGGUCUUAAACACACACACACACACACACACACACACACACACACACACACACACACACACACACACACACACACACACACACACACACACACACACACACACACACACACACACACACACACACACACACACACACACACACA